AUGCAUUGCAUCCCAAUCAGCUUGGUUGCCAUUACGAUUAUGGCGGGCCUCUCAGCUUUCAUGUGCCAAGUUCAAAUACCUGAAGAAGGAAGACAUUGGAUAGUAGGGGAAACAUACCAUGUACAUAUAGUAAAUGGGCUGGAGAAGCGACCCAAAUUGAUGAAGGUUCAUUGUCGAUCAGCAGAUGAUGAUCUUGGAACGCACGUGCUUUGGGUUGACCAAGAAUAUUUUUGGCGUUUCAAGAUUAACGUUUUUGGUUCUACUCUUUUCUACUGUGAUGUUAAACGAGGUCAACGUCCUAAACAUUUUGUUGCAUUCAACACUUCAGUUGAGGGCUUGAGUUGUUUUAAAACUGGUCAGUGUUACUGGUUAAUUGCAGAUAAAGGUUUUUACUUUAGCAUGGAUGAUUACACAUGGGAGAAGAAAUUUGGGUGGUGA